GUGUGUCUGUGUGUGUGUGUCUCUCUCUACACACACACACAUGGAUUUCCUCCUAGGCGGUGCAGCAGCCAGCGCUGCCUGCAUCUUCACCAACCCUCUAGAGGUGGUGAAGACGAGGAUGCAAUUGCAGGGAGAGUUAAAGGGACGCGGCUCGUACACCGUGCAUUACCGCAACGUCUUCCACGCCGCGCUGACCAUCUGCAGGACUGACGGGGUGCUGGCUCUACAGAGGGGCCUCUUGCCCGGCUUGCUCUACCAGUUCUGGAUGAACGGAAUCCGCCUGGGAUCGUACUCACUGCUGGAAGCCGCCGGCUACACCCGCACCGCCGGCCGGGCGAGUGUGGCCAAGAGCACCGUGGCCGGAGCAGUGUCCGGAGUCCUGGGUCCACUCCUUGUCAGCCCCCUCUACAUGGUCAAGACUCACCUUCAGGCCCAGUCUAAGUCGACGAUAGCAGUGGGACAUCAGUACAGGCACCAGGGAAUGCUGCACGCGUUGAUGACCAUUUACCGGCAGCACGGGAUCACCGGUCUGUGGCGCGGCUCGAGUUCGGCCGUGCCGAGGGUCAUGGUGGGUUCUGCCGUGCAGCUCGCCACCUUCUCCGAAACCAAACAGCUGACCAGAGACAUGCAGCUCAUCCCGCCGGGCAGCCCGCUGGAGCCACUAGUGGCCGGCAUGGUCAGCAGCCUGUUCACCGUACUGGCCAUCGCACCCUUUGAUGUGGUCAGCACCCGCCUCUACAACCAACCCGUGGACCAGCAGGGAAAGGGCCUGUUCUACCGCAGCAACCUGGACUGCUUCGCUAAGACGGUGAGGAAGGAAGGCCUGUCGGGCCUGUACAAGGGAACUGGGGCCUCCUAUUUCAGGCUGGGCCCACACACCGUCCUCAGCCUCUUCUUCUGGGACGAGCUGCGCAAGUUAUACUGGGAGUGAGGAAGGGGCGCGGACA